AUGGCGCCGAGGAAGCGCGCCCGGGCUAGCACCCAAACUGUUGCGACACCAACUCCUGCACGAGAUGACGAUGCAAUGGACGUCGACACUCCCCAGACUGGUGAUAAUGAAGGUUCUAGCGAGACAAAAGAGCAACAGCCAGACAAUAACUACAAUAGUCUUUGGACGGAUGAUCAAGUAGCCUCGUUAUUCAAGGGUGUCAUUCGCUGGAAACCAGCUGGCAUGCAUAAGCACUUUCGAAUGAUAGCAAUUUCGGAGCACUUGCGGAACCAUGGUAUCGACCCUGAUUUGUACCAGCACACACGCAUCCCGUAUAUUUGGCAAAAGCUCCGAACAUACUACAAUCUUGAGGUGAUCGAUGAAAGAGAGAACUUCGACGAUGAAGAGGUCGAAUACAAUGACUUCUGUUUGCCAAGAGCGGAAUACUAUGAAGCAAUGAUGGCCCGAGCCGUGGCCGACGUCAGCGAAGCUCCAACAUCACCACCCCAGCUCGAACUUUCUCCGGCACCUUCACCCGCCAAGAAGCGCAAGCGAGGUGAUACGAAAACCAGAGGCGCAUCGGUAGAAGAUACUGAGGACGGUACGGACGCACCAUCACCAGCGCCCAAGUCCAAGCGAGGUGCUUCACGACAAAAGAAGAAAGCGACCCCGGCCAAGGUUGAGAAGCAAGAAAAGGCUGAGACCACAGAAGAGGAGCGGGAGGAAGAAGAGGAGGAGGAGGAGAGCGAAGAAGAAGACAGCGAGAGCUCUUCUAGUGGCGAAGAAGAAAGUGCUGAAGAGAGCGAAACACAAGUAUCAAAGUCCACACGAGGUGCCAAGAAGGGCCAGAAGGCUAAGACUACUAAAGCAAAGGCAAGACCAAAGAGGAGACGUUAG